AUGUCCGUACAAAAGUGCUGCAUCCAAGGCUUCGCCUGGUCAGGCACACCAAGCGGCCAAACCUCCAAACUCGCAAACAACGACGUCUACAUAACAGGCAACAACCCCCAAACCGCCAUCCUCUUCAUAACCGACCUCUUUGGCUGGACAUUCCCCAACAUCCGGCUCCUAGCCGACCACUUCGCCCGCGAAGUCGAUGCAACAGUCUACGUCCCCGAUUUCUUCAACGGCGAAGUUCUAGACUUUGAUCUCAUCGCUGCAGAGAAGUUUGCCGAGCUAAAUCUUGGGGCUUUCAUUGCUCGGAAUAGUCGGGAAAUCCGCGAGCCGGAGAUCUUCGAGUGUGCGAGGGCCUUGAAGCAGGACCUUGGGUUUAAGAAGGUUGGGGCUGUGGGGUAUUGUUAUGGUGGGUGGGCUUCGUUUCGGUUAGGAGCUAAGGAGCAUGCGGAUCAGCCGUUGGUGGAUUGCAUUUCUGUUGGACAUCCGUCGCUCUUGGAGCGGAAGGAUGUGGAUGAGGUGAAUGUCCCUGUGCAGCUUUUGGCACCUGAGAUUGACAUGGCGUUUCCAAUGGAUUUUAAGAUGUAUGCGCUUGAGAAGCUGUUGAACUUGAAUUUGCCGUUUGACUAUCAGCACUUUCCGGGGGUAGUCCAUGGUUGUCUUGUGCGCGGGGAUGAGAAAAAGGCUGGGGAGCGGGCGGCGAUGGAGAGGGGGAAGGAUGCUGCUGUUGCGUGGUUUACACGGUGGUUGAAGGAUGAGUGA